CUGAUCAAUCACAUCGCCUAGAUGAAAAUGUUUCCGCUGCGGUGGUUGCUGCGGCGGCUGUUGCGGUUGUUGUUGUUGUCUCUCCAUCCAUGACUCAAUCAUAAUUGCACGGCGGAGAUCAACCGUCUCCAAGGUCUGCUGAUUCCAAGUGGGAAGCUCUCACCAGGAAGAGAACAAGAACAAGAAUAUCCAGAUGGGACGAAGGAGCCCAUGCUUUAAGGGAGGCACACCCCCUUUGCCAUCAUCAGGACAUUCUAAUCACCCAGAUCUUCCCCAGGCUGGACUGGGAGGGGCAGUCUGCUGUGCAGAGUGUGUGCAAGCAGUGGCGUCGGUGGGCCAAGCUGCGGUACCGCCUCCCAUACCACUACCCUCAAGGAUGCUACCGUGCAUGGCUGCGUGAGUGGGUCAUCAUGGACAUCAUUGACAAUGAUGGUCGUGACUUCCACGCCUGGUUGGACAAGGACAUGACCGUCUACUUUGACGGCUUCCCCCUCCUUUUCAAGGAAGAGGAGGAGUAGCUGGUGGUGGAGGCCAUGCAGGGUGGGUGGUGGUGGCGCUGGUGGUGGCCCCUCUUUUGUCAAGCUUUUGUUGAUCCAGCUUGUUUAUAGCUUUUUUUAUUUUUAAUUUUCAAGGACAAUUACAUUACUACUGUCAUUGCAAUGUUGGUUUUUGUGGAAGGUGACAAAUGUUGGUUUUUGGUAUUUGUCACUGCUAUGACAGUAGUUUAUACUUAACCGUAGGCUUCUCCCUCAAUAGUGGAUUGAGGUUGUAAUGUAAGGGUUGAAGCCUACCCUUUUGUAAAUUCAAAUGGAAUGAUCAUGAUGAAUGAAUGAAGAUAACUGUUUCCUUUUGUUAUCUCUUGUGUUGUUAUUCAAGCUUUCAUUUGGUUUGAUUUCUUAAAGUUUUGUUCUUUUAAUUGAUAUUGUUUUAACUUUGAUCAGAUGAUGUUGAUGAUUUGACUUUGAACCCUUGCAUAUAUGUGCAUCAUGGUGGUGAAUGGGUUGUGCAAGGUGAUAUGGUUUAUAUUGGGGGGAGGGUGGAUGUCUUUGAUUACAUCCAUGAGAAUGCAGAUGGCAAAUAUGUUAAGGAAUUAGUGGAUAGUUUAGGUUAUAAUGAUAUAGAGAAAGUACAUUUCUGGGACCCUAGGAAAGAAUUCAAGAAUGGGGUUAGGUUUUUAGGUUUUGAUAGUAGUACUUGUGACCCUUUCUUAGCUUUACUCUUUGAAUACAAAAGCAUUCAUAUAUACAUUGAACAUAAAAUCAAACCCACCUACAACUUUAACCUAAACAGGAGUGCAGGAGGGGGAGGAGGGAGAGGUAGCUUCCUUGAGUUGUUGAAUACUGAUGUGGUUGACUUAAAUUCUGAUUAUGUGGAACCACCUUUUACAGUACUCCCACCCAAACAAACUGAAACUCAACCUGAAACUCAACCUGAACCUCAUAUUCAACCUCAAAAUGUGCCUCAACCUGAAAUUGAUUAUGAUUCAGAGGGUACAGAUGAAGAUGAUGAUGAGUUAGCCACUGCUAGGUCUAAGAUAUCUGAUGAUAUGAGAAGGGAAAAGGCUUAUUUUGAGGAGUUAGUAAUGCUGAAAAAACUAGCAGAAAGUAAAGUAGAAGGUGGUCUGAAUUUGGGGGAUGACUUUGAUGGAUACAGUGACUUAGACAGCCCUAGUGAGUCAGAAGAUGAGGAUGAUGUUGGUUACUUAGUUGCACCACAACACCAUAAGAGGGGGAGAGGGAAACAGAAGCAAAACGACACUGAAACUGAAGAGAGGGAAGCCACUUUUUAUGUUGGGCAACAGUUUGAGAAUCCAAAGACAUUUAGGAAAGCAAUCAUAGAUUAUUCAAUUGAUAAAGGAAGAAACAUUCCAUUUUCUAAAAAUGAUUCCACUAGGGUUUGUGCAGAGUGUGAGCACAAAGAUAAAGGUUGUAAAUGGAGAAUUUGGGCUUCAUGGGAGAGAGGAAGAAGGUCAUUUACAGUGAAAACAUUUGUCAGUGAGCACACUUGUGGUAGGACACCUAUCAUUAAGAAGAUGACUUCACAUUGGAUUGCAGAACACUACCAGAAUCUGUUUAAGGUUAACCCUUACAUGAGAGUGCAAGAUAUUCAGGAAACCAUUUGGUUAGAAAAGGGUAUAAGGGUGAGCAAAGACAAGGCUGCCAGGGCUAGGAGAAGGGGUCAAGCACUCAUUGUUGGUGAAUACAAAGAGCAGUAUGCAUUACUCCCAAGGUAUGCAGCUGAGAUACUAAGAAGCAAUCCAGGGAACACAGUGAAGUUGAAGUUGGAUGCAAAUGUGUUUGACAGACUGUAUUUGUGUUUUGAGGCACUUAGGAAAGGGUUCUUGGCAGGAUGCAGACCUUUCAUAUCACUUGAUGGAUGUUUCUUAAAGGGACCAUUUGGGGGUCAAUUGUUAGUAGCAGUAGGGAGGGAUGGAAACAAUCAAAUGUUCCCUUUGGCUUGGGCUGUUUGUGAGGUUGAGAGCACUGACACAUGGAGUUGGUUUCUAGAACUUCUAGCUACUGAUUUAGGCACUAGUGAAGGAGCAUGGUACACUUUCAUGUCUGACCAACAAAAGGGUUUACUUGCUGCUGUGUCAAAUGUGUUUCCACAAGCUGAAAGUAGGGUGUGUGCAAGGCAUGUGUACUGUAACUUUAGGGGAGUGUUUGGAGGUGGUUUAGAGUACAGAAAACAAUUUUGGACUAUUGCAAAAAGCAACACAGUAAAUCACUUCAAUGAAAACAUUGAAGUAAUGAGGGGUAUUUCACAUGAAGCUGCUGAAGACCUACUGAAAAGGAACUACAAGAAAUGGUGUAGGGCAUUCUACACUCCAUUAUCUUGUUGUGACAGUGUAGACAACAACAUGAGUGAGGUGUUUAAUGCAUACAUCUUGAGUGCAAGACACAAGCCUAUUAUUACCAUGUUGGAAGAUAUUAGAGAGGGUUUGAUGGAAAGACUGCAUAAGAAAAGAGAUUUCAUUGGGAAAAAGGAGAUAAUGUUGUGUCCUAUGAUCCAAAUUCAGUUAGAGAAACACAAAAUUUGGGCUAGGGGUUGGAAUGCAUACUGGGAUGGUGGGUUUUGCUAUGGAGUAAGAGAAGGUGCAACACAGGUUAAGUAUGUGGUGGAUCUGAACCAACAUACUUGCAGUUGCAAUGCAUGGCAGGUGAGUGGGAUUCCAUGCAAACAUGCAAUUGUUGCUAUAUGGAAUAAAGUAGACCACCCAGAACAAUAUGUCAAUGCAUAUUUCUGCAAACAGACCUACAUGAAGGCAUAUGAAUUUUUGUUAGAGCCUUUAAAUGGUCCUCAAGAGUGGCCUACUUCUGAUAGCAUUGUUGUGGCUCCAAAGGUGAAAAAGGUCAAUGGAAGACCUAAAACAAAGAGGAGAUAUGGUGUUGGAGAGGUAACUGCAUCUGGUAAGCUGAAGAGAACAGGUUGUUCUAUGAAAUGCAGCUUAUGUGGUGUGAUAGGCCACAACAAAAGGGGUUGCAAGAAUGCCCCUAAGCAACAACAACACAGCAACAAUCAUGCUACUGCAGAGAAGACCACACCACAGCAACAACACCCAAGAACCAGUUCAGCUAUACCAAUGCACAAUAGGGGUGUGGGUAUUUAUACCUACCCAAAUGGGUAUCAAAGAAUAGCUACUCCUAUAUCACAACACUUCCCCACACCACAGAGGCAAAGACCUCCUGCAGCUUUCUAUUCUGAUCAUGGGGGUGAGCAAACCAUCUACUCCUUCCCUGCACAUGACUUCCCAUUGUCACAGACUCAACCAAGUCAAGGACACACAAUAUCAAGCCAAGCAUUGCAGGAUCUUGCAAUGGCUAGAAGAUUAGAAAAAAGACCAUGAG